CCUUAGUGCCGCACUCUGCUGCUUCGUGUCCCGCCCGCCAGCGAGAUAAUAAACAGUAUUUUUUAAAUGGACUAUUUUUUUCCAAUCGGGAUUAUGGCCCGAAUAAAAAAAUAAAAAAGAAACGGGCCAGGGGUGGUCACCGGAGAACCCACUCUUUCUUCGCUCUAUCGGCGCUGCUUGUGCUGCCCACCACUUUUCCUCGUUUACCGCGGCAAAGUCCCCCAUCCUUGCUGCUCUACUCUCACUUUGUGCUGCUUGCUACUGUUACAGUGAUAGCGUAGCACUCCUCAUCUCGGAACGCCAGACUCUUGCUUCCCGCCGCGGAUGAAGCCUUGAUUUGUCUUUCGCGUCGCCAUACAGUCCUCCGCGUCGCUUCGCUGGACUCCAAUUCCUCGACAUCUUCACUCUCUUUGCCUAUAAUCGAAUCGGCAUACACAUACGCUUACGCCCGUUGACCAACCCCAGCUCCUCUCCCCAGAGGCUGCGCCCUCGAAUCACGCAAUUCAACCACCUUCUCUUCUAUACUUAAUUCACAGUCACAAUGGGCAUCACAAGCUACUUCAAGGCGGACACUAGCAAGCCUGCCAGCGCUGCCACCUCGGCGCCGUCAACAGCGCCUCCGUCUCGCCUCCAGACCAGCCGUCUCUCCAAUGGCUCCGACAAGAACUCGCCGGAACGUAAUAUCGGCAACGACAUGGAACUUCUUCCUCCUACGCCGCGCUACCACUCGCGGCCUCAGUCGACUCGCUCUGCCCGCUCUGGCCACUCCACACCGUCGAACCAGAGCUCCGUCUUCCUCGACGAGAUCAAGCACGAAGUCAUGGUCAACUACCUCUACCAGCAGCAGUGCUCCCAGCUCUGGGUCAGCGACGGGUCCGGCGAGAUCGAAGGUGUGCUUCUGCGUAAGUCGCGAGGCCACUACAUGGCUUGCCCUCCCCAGCUCGGCAGCUCGCCCUUUGCCAUCUCAUGCGCUGCUCUCAACCUCCAGGCAGCCAUGACUGUCAACUCUCGAGUCAUCAAGACCUUCCUCCAGUGGUCUCCCGACGCUGUCGACGUUCCUCUUAUGAACGGUCUCCGCGUCCAGAUUCUCCCCACAAUUGAGGAUCUUCCCCGCGCCAGAAAGUACCAGUUUGCUGCCUUUGUCGCCUCCGAGGGCCUCUUGGUCGUUUGGGACGAUGACCCUCUCAACCUGGUUGCCCGCGCCAAGGCUAUUGAAUCCGAGCUCAUGGAGCUCGUCUGGAAGGCCGGAAACACUGACGACGAGGAUGACGAGAAGAAGGCUGCCCCCAUGGAGCCUGAGAUUGAUGAGGAGAGCGGUGAGGUUAAGCCUGAGAAGCGCCCUAUCCACCUGCAAAACACCAUCCUCGUCUCCAUCACCCUCAUUCUCGUUACUGUCUCUCUCGGUGCCGCCUGGCGCCAGCUUGCCAUCGAGGUCUCAGUCGAUAACAACUACGUCCGUCUGGCCCUCGUUGCGCUCGCCCCUGUGCAAAUCUUCUUCACCCUCUUCUUCGCUCAGGUUAUCGUCGGUUGCUUGGCCCAAAUCUUUGGUCCUGUUCGCCAGCUCACCAUCAACUCCAAAUUCUACUCCGCUCGCCCGCCAGCCCGUCUACAGUCUGCCAUCCUUCCUCACGUCACCAUCCAGUGCCCUGUGUACAAGGAGGGUCUUCAGGGUGUCAUUAUGCCCACUGUCAAGUCUAUUAAGCAGGCAAUGUCCACCUACGAACUCCAGGGCGGAUCUGCCAACAUGUUCAUCAACGACGACGGUCUGCAGCUUGUUUCCGAGGAGGAGCGCCGCGCCCGUAUUGAAUUCUACGCCGACAACAACAUUGGCUGGGUCGCCCGUCCCAAGCACAACGAAAACGGCUUUGUCCGCAAGGGCAAGUUCAAGAAGGUCUCCUACCAGGACGAGGACGGCUACGACAAGUUCUGGUCCGAGUCCCACGUGUCUGAGGAUUUCGACAUGUCUCUGCGUCUCCAGUGCAAUGGUUACAUUAUCCGUCUUGCUGCUUGGGCUGGCGAGGGCUUCAAGGAAGGUGUCUCGCUGACUGUCUAUGACGAGCUUGCCCGUUGGGAAAAGUACGCCUACGGCUGCAACGAGCUGCUCUUCCACCCCAUCCGCACCUGGCUCUGGCGCGGUCCCUUUACGCCUCUGUUCCGCAAGUUCCUCUUCUCCAACAUCCGCUUCACCUCCAAGAUCACCGUCAUCUCCUACAUUGGUACCUACUACGCCAUUGGCGCCGCCUGGAUCAUGACCACGGUCAACUACUUCCUCAUGGGCUGGUUCAACGGUUACCUUGACAAGUACUACGUCGACUCGUGGCAGGUCUGGUUCUCCAUCAUCAUUGUCUUCAACGGUCUCGGUAACAUUGCCCUCGCCAUUCUGCGCUACCGUGUCGGCGAGCGCAACAUCCUCUACGCGCUCUUUGAGAACUUUAUGUGGACGUUCAUGCUUGCCAUUUUCCUUGGUGGUUUGUCUCUGCACGUCUCCCAGGCCCUGCUCUCCCACAUGUUUGAGAUUGACAUGACAUGGGGCGCUACUUCCAAGGAAGCCGAGUUCUCCAACUUCUUCAUCGAGGUGCCCAAGGUCUUCAAGAAGUUCAAGUUCUCCAUGAUGUUCUCGCUCCUCAUUAUUGUCGGCAUGAUCAUCCUGGCUGUUGCUCCUUUCGUCCCCUACGACUGGCGCAUCACCGACUUUGUCGCCAUCUUGCCCAUGGCCACUGUCGCCGCCAGUCACUUCUUGCUGCCUCUCGCCCUUAACCCGGCCCUCAUGACCUUCUCUUGGUAGAAAAAAAAAGCAACCUUUUACUACUACCACCUACACGAUGUACAGGAUUUACCCCGUUCUCCUCUUUAUUUUCUACAUUUAUUUCACUAUUUUUCUAUUCAUGGUAUGGGACAUAUAGAACCGGGAACUUGGAGUUUUUAUUUAUUUUAUUUUCAUGUUGGAUUGGAAGCAGGAUGCUUCACUCUACUAUCAGCCCUCUGUGGCCACUUGGUCAUUUUUUCUUGUUUAUCUCGCCAUGAUCGCGGCUCAAAGCUGCCAAACACAUGCAAUGUCUAUAUUCUUCUUCACUUUUCCACCCGCUUAGAUACACAAGCAAUCACACAUAGCUUAAUUCAUACAAACAUGACCAUAAUCUGAUACAUGCGGCGCUCUUCGCGUGACGUUGAAUAGAGUUUGGUGGCGUCAACGGCUCGGGAAGGAUUCCAAACUCUAAUCGGGCACGGAGUGACACAUCGAUUUCCCAAAUGACCAGAUGAAUUAGGAUGGGUCUCUUGGCACGCAGCCUGGUGUGUGUAUAGUACUUUUCAAUCUAUUUCAUGAAAUAUUCUAUCGUAGUGUAAAAUGAACCAAAAAAAAGUGCGUUACGAAACAAAUGAGAAUAGUCUAUAAAUCUUUGCCACAGAAAAAAUGUUCAAACGCCUCUAUCAUGCAUGUAUCCUUCGUAAAAUCCCAUGCCUUUUUCUAUUUCCAAUCUUUCUUGUAUCCAUUAUAACCCAGCACCAGUUUUUUUCUCGUUUUAAAAGGAUUCUUGUGUCAACGUGAGAACACCCUGUUCGUUUACUCUUCGUCAUCCGUGUCAGGAGGGUGAGGAGUGCCCUUGGGGCUGUUAAGCCACUCAAUGUGUCUCAAGCGGCGACGAGCCUCACGCUCCUUGAGCUCCUUCUUGGUCAUCUUCUUCUUCUUGCGGGCGCGGAACUUCAUGUCCGAACUGCCUUCAGCGUCGGAGUUGACAGCCGAGGGCACGGCAGAAGGAACGGCAGAAGAGACGUUGGACGAGGGGACAGUGGAAGGGGCAGCAGAGGUACCGGGGGUCUGAUCCUCGAAGCGAUCGAGAGAAAUGGCAGCAGUGCCGCGGAGAGCGACAGCACCAUCCUUGACGUGCCACUGCUCAGAGCAAAGAGCACCGACGAACUCUUCGUUAUGGGAAAUCAGGAUAACACCACCCUUGAACUCGCGGAUAGCAACGGCAAGAC